UUUUACCUGAUUGGGUUCUCCUUGGGUGGCCAUGCUGUCUGGGCGUCCAUUAAGUACAUUCCAGAUAGGAUUGCUGGAGCUGCUAUGAUGGCACCAGUAAUAAACUGCAGAUGGCCUGGGUUCCCGCGGCAUCUAUCAGAGGAGGCUUACAGAAAGCAACAGCCUGGAGAUCAGUGGGCAUUGCGAGUUGCAUAUUAUGCCCCCUGGUUGCUGCAUUGGUGGAUGAAACAAUCGUGGUUGCCUUCCUCCACCGUUUUCAAAGGCACAACCCAUCUGCCCAACCGCUUGGAUGCACAAGUUCGUGAGUACGCCAUGAAGAAUAGUGGAAUGUUCGAAGAGUAUGACGCUGCAAGAACUGAAGAAUGCAAGCGUCACUGUGCUUGCAGAGGCGGAAACUUGCCACUCAGCAAGGCAUGCUUGAUUCGUUUUACCGAGACAUGAUGGUGAUGUUCGGGAAGUGGGAAUUUGAUCCGAUG